AUGUCAUCUCCACCUCCCCCACCUCCCAAAGACAGCCUAUCUGGUCCUUCGCCUUCUAUCAGUGAUAGAUCAAAAUCCAAGUUAUCCCGUGACCUCCUCAGGAGACCCAAAUCUCCGACUGGAUCGGAAAAAGGCAAAGGUAAAGAUAGUGGAAAUAAGGUGAAAGAAUUCUUCGCCGGUUUGGGGUCAAAGAAGAGGUCGGCAUCUUCAACUGGCAGCGAUACUGCCUCAGCAUUUCCACAAAAAAACCUAGAAGCAGACCUUGGUAGCGAGGUCUUGGGGCAAUUGCCGACAUCCUCUGCCCCAGCUGCAGAGAAGGGUACCCUCAAAAUCGCUACUCUACCAUCUCACUCGACCCAUGCCGUCGUGAUACCCGCUACCCAGCGAAUUGGCCCAGAUAAAGUGAAAGGAUUGUCCACCUCUACCAUCAGCUCCCAAGACUCCGCUGAUCUCUUUCACCAAGCUGUCGUGAACGCUCAGAAGAGAGUGGAUGCUCUCAACACCACCACAUUCAUCCUCAAAGGUGUCGCAGCUGGUCUAGCUGCGGGAACAGCAGCUUGGAUGCCAGGCGUGGGAGAAGGUGUCUCUGUGAUACUUACAAUGAUCUUGACAGCGGAGAGUAUCUCAAUAGGAAGAGUGGCUGCAUUGCGAUUAGUUGAAAGAUCAGCUACCGUACUUGAAGCGGUCGAACAAGCUAUCAUCCAACAUAAGGGACUGAUACCCCCAAUUAUGAUCAGUAACGUCAAUCAGCUCUUAGCUCACCUCCACUCCAAUAAUCGUUUCCUCGUCAAGCUCUCGGAACGGUCUUUCCUCAAGCUUUACCUACAUUCUGAGGAAACCUCUCGUCAAAUAGGUGCGGCUACUGAAGAUCUUGAGGAUUUCGUUAGAGUUUUUCAGCUUCAAGCUCAAAUCUCUAUCGCUGCAUGGGAGGAACAAUCAAAAGUCGAUCAUGAUCAUGAUAUGCAGGUUUUACUUCAAAGGCUUGAUGAAGCCAGGGAAAGUGAUCAAAAGAUGCUUGAUGCACUGUCCCUCAAGAGCGAAGCUCAACAAGAGGCAAUCAAGACUCUUCAAAGAACGCUUGACCAAAUUCUCGUAAUUCAGCAAGUCGAAUAUAAUAAUCACCACCCUUCCUCUCCACUAGCAGCGUUCGAAGGAGCUACAAUGAUGGACAGUCCCACUGUUCCCUUUUCCAUAUUGGACCCACCUCAAGCGGUUCAGCCGUCAGUAUGGACUACUUUCGCACCCAAAGGAACCAUUGACUCCACAUGUUCGUCAUCCGAUGGCCUCACAGACACUGGCUCCAGGAGCAAGCCACCAAGCCAAUGGCGAGUAAGUGGCCCACCUGCUAAAUCGAUGUGGGAAACAGGACCUCAAUCGCCAGGAGAGAAAGGACCUCAUAGGGAAUUUUUCGAAAAAGCUCUAGACGUCCUUCGACGAACCAGUACUGAUCAAGGCGAGAUACCAGAGUGGACUAUAACAAAUUUGGAGAUCUCCCAUAACGAGAAAAUCACGCAUGAGGAGAGAAUCAACUCCGGAUAUUUCUCGGUCAUCUGGCGGGGUCAGUGGCAGGGACAGGAUGUUGCGAUUAAGGAACUCACCCCAAUGGCUGAUCGUCAGCUGUUUGUGAGGGAAGUCGAAGUGUGGAGACGGCUCAGAAGCAAACGGGUUCUUUCGUUUUACGGAGCAUCAAGUACUACAGGUCCUCCACCUUGGUUCCUAGUCAGUCCUUUUAUGAAAAACGGGAAUGUACUAAACUAUCUUUCGACUAACCAAGGAAAACAAGCCAAUAAAUUGGCUAUCAUUUGGGAGAUGGCUCAAGGCAUGGACUAUCUCCAUUCGCGUGACAUCAUACACGGUGACUUCAAGGCUUCCAAUGUCUUGGUAAACGAUGAAGGACAUGCAGUUAUCUGCGAUUUUGGGCUCAGCCAACUGAAAAUGGACUUCACUACAAAAUCUCAAGAAAUGGUCAAUAAACCUACACCGCUUGCCGGGACAAUGCGAUGGCAAAGUCCAGAGAGGCUAUCAGGUGGGAUCUUGACCAGAGAGAAUGAUGUUUACUCUUGGAGUAUGGCGGUGUACGAGAUUUUGACUGGUUCUAUUCCAUUUGGGUACGUGGACGACAGUGUAGCAAGGAGAAACAUCAAAGACGGUAUCAGACCUGCUCGGCCUGCAGCAGUCGAAGACUCGUUGUGGUCACUAUUGACUCGGUGCUGGGCGCAAGACCCUCAACAACGUCCACCAUUCGAAACAGUGGUCGAGCAAUUAUCCAGCAUGUACACUCCUGCGAAAGAGCCAGAAAGGCAGCGGACACAUGUUACGGUAUCCUCGUCAGAGACCACAGAAGCUUCGUACACUACAGCUAGUGAGGGGGGAGUACCAGAAGAGCAACGAGCUAUAUCUCCUGCAACGAAUACUUUACCGCUUCUCGAAUACAUCGAUGACGUAUCUAGCUCUUCCGGCUCUGUCGCAUCGAUACCUCCGCACCUAGAGACUCAGCCCUCGUUUGAGUCUGAUCGGACUGAAAGGCAUUAUCGACACUACCUUUCUCAUGGAUUCGACGACAGAUUGUCAAUCGCUCUUUGGUUUCCUUCUCCUGUCCCUCUUGGCAGUGUAGGCUAUAUCCGACAUGGUCAAUUCAUACACUUGAUGGAUGCUCAUAUUCCUCCUGUGGGUGUGAGGCAGCUACCUCCAUUGCCUUACCUGGAUGAAUUCAGCUCCCUCCAUACAACUAAAAUUCCCGUGAAUCCUCGAGGUGCAACAGAGAAAGGCUUAGAUAUGGUAGCUGCCGUCACCAACUUCAUCAAACCUAGUGGGGAAAGCUCACAAAAAGCGAUCAGUCGCCGAGCGUCGUUUCCUCUCAGGCCAGGUAUGAAACAAGCAGCGCUCGUCGUCGAAGAUGGCACUUUCGAAAUAUAUAACUCUUUAACAGAAUGCAGGACCUACCUUACAGCCAAUAUCUAUUGGAUAUUGGCACAUUUUGGAGAUCAACAUCAAAUCAACAAGGAAGACGUUAUCAUUGUUGUUGGCACCCUUACAGCUCAAAAUUACGCGAUGGUGAUCUCAAAUUUUGCUCCUCGAACCACGUUGACAUUCAAUAUCCAUGCCUCGUCCUACAGGACUUCCGGAGAUCCUUGGGGAACAUGGACGGUCAAUAGGGAAUCAAUUAGCGAUCAACCCAAAGCAUUCAAAUCUGUUCUAGGCGUGCAAGCGUCUGCCUCGACUUCCAAAACUUCGGGGACGAUCCCGAGCAGAACCAACACUGCAGAGUUGGAUGAGCAUGAAUUGAAAUAUUCGUGCAAAGUGUCAAGGGUGUCUGGAUCUUCCCCUGAUGCCGUACUCCUGGCAAAGCUCAAGUUUCCACCCGGUGGCUCUGAUCCCACAUUGUAUCCUUAG